CUGUCUGGUUUGGAGGGGAGACGAAAAAAUUGUGGCGCGCCUACCCAACCCAGACAGCGGCCUGCCUGUCAGUGCCUGGGAUGAGUGAGGUCGGUAACGUAAGUGCGCGCGAGACCUUGUCUGGGCCACGUAGCGAUGGAUCUACAGUAGCACUGCUAACAUAUCAGUGUCAUACAUUCUAAAAAUGCAUUAGUACAAACAUAUUUGCAAUUGAGCAUGCAAUAGGAUUAUCAAACAGUGGUGAACUGCAACAGUAGCUGGCUCUUUUUGUGCGUCUGCAGCACUCCAGAAUCCCUUGCAACUGAUUGCACGAAAUGAGAAAGAGGGCGCUCUCACCGAAGGUAAGGCGGCAGAUUGCAGAUGGCUCCUGAAACGAGGCACAGAAGUUCUGACUGCGGCUCAAAGUCCGGCGUGAAGCUCCCCCUCAAGACGGAAGCUUAAAGGCUGAAGCUCCGACGGACAAUAUAACAUUGACAGCCUCGAGCGAGAGACUAACCUGAGAGGCUUCAUCAGCGGAGAGACCGAAACCUCAGAGGUUGAAGAGCAGACACCCCAGCUUCCAGAGAAGCUUUGAGAGUCGAGCUCAACAGAAGCCUAUGGAACAAAGCUGUAGCAGAAUGUCACUCGCGGUCUGUCCUCAGUCUUAAGCAUGGAUGCCCUGUUUGAAUCUGGGUGACGCUUUCUUCCCUUCCUCCUUCCUGUCUCCUCAGUGGCGGGAGGGGUGGGGUGGGGGAUUGCUUCCGUUCCCCCUGCCCCUCCUUACAACAUAGCGAGGGUACUCUCACAGUUUAAGAAUACCAACACUGAUAACAAACCUCUGGCUGUGCUUCAACUAGCACUACUACAGUCUCCCCCUCCCUCACACAUGAAAUCCUGCCAGAGCCUGAAGGGAGAGGUGUCCAGCCCAGGUGGGAUGUCACAGGAGGGGCGCAGAACACAGCAGGUGGCCCAGUCCUACUACCACUCCCCUGCCUCAGACCUGGACCUAGCGGGCAAGCUAUACAAGCGGGAGGGCGGGGGCAAGCCUUACUCUGUGCUAGUGGACAACAAGAUGGCAGCCAAGACCCCCAUGGGUGACCAGACCCCCAGUCAGUUGUCCCCGCAGCUGACUGGGGGUCUGCUGUCCUCCCAGCAGCAGUACUACAGAGAGGGGACAGUAGGGCAGGAAGGGGGUGCGCAGGGAUCCCAGGCAGGCAAUGGGGGCACCUCCGAGGACUCUGAGGAAGAAGAGGAGGAGGAGGAGGAGUCCUUCAAGCGGGAGCAGAUCAUCGUGGAGGUCAACUUGAACAAUCAGACACUUAACGUAUCAAAGGGGGACAAGUCCGCCCCCCAAACUGAUGCCUCAGAGAGACACUGCAGCGAAGAAGAAGAAGAAGAGGAGGAGGAGGAGGAGGAAGAAGAAGAAGAAGAAGAGGAGGAAGAUCUGGAGGAGGAGGAGGAAGAAGAGGAGGAAGAAAUAGAGAGCCGCAGAACGAGAGCCAAGCGGGUCCGGCGUGGGGUGGCCCCCGCUACCAGUCAGCCCCGGAGGAAGACCCAGUGCACCGCUCUGGGCACCACCGGCAUGACCACCAGGGGCCGACGGAAGAAGACCACCCAGCCUCCCAAGAGGAUGCGCCGGACUGCCAGGGAGGGCAAGGGGACCCCCUCCUCAGCUGGCUCUGCCACGGGGGAUAAAGAGGAUGGGGAGGAGCGGGAGACGCUGGCGUGUGAAAAGUGCCCCCGUGUCUUCAACACCCGCUGGUACCUGGAGAAGCACAUGAACGUCACACACAGACGCAUGCAAAUCUGUGACAAGUGUGGCAAGAAGUUUGUCCUGGAGAGCGAGCUGGCCUUACACCAGCAGACUGACUGUGAAAAGAACAUCCAGUGCGUCUCCUGCAACAAGUCUUUCAAGAAGCUGUGGUCGCUGCACGAGCACAUCAAGAUCGUGCACGGCUACGCUGAGAAGAAGUUUGCCUGUGAGAUCUGUGACAAGAAGUUCUACACGAUGGCUCAUGUCCGCAAGCACAUGGUUGCUCACACUAAGGACAUGCCGUUCACCUGUGAGACCUGUGGCAAGUCGUUCAAGCGCAGCAUGUCCCUGAAGGUUCACUCGCUGCAGCACUCUGGGGAGAAGCCCUUCCGCUGUGAGAACUGUGCCGAGAGGUUCCAGUAUAAGUACCAGCUACGCUCCCACAUGAGCAUCCACAUCGGACACAAGCAGUUCAUGUGUCAGUGGUGUGGCAAGGACUUCAACAUGAAGCAGUACUUUGACGAGCACAUGAAAACACACACCGGAGAGAAGCCGUUCAUCUGUGAGAUCUGUGGGAAGAGCUUCACCAGCCGGCCCAACAUGAAGCGCCACCGCCGCACCCACACAGGAGAGAAGCCCUACCCCUGCGAGUUGUGCAGCCAGCGCUUCCGCUUCUCCAACAUGCUCAAGGCCCACAAGGAGAAGUGCUUCCGGGUCACCAGCCCUGUGACUCUGCAGGCCAGCAGCCUCCCCCUGCCUCUCCACCUCUCUGCCCCCUCCUCCUCUGGCCCCGGCCCGGGCCUCGCUCCCUCAGCUGCCACCACCUCUGCUCCUCUGGGCCUCAGCCCAGCAGGAGGGGCUCUUCCCCCACGCGCCCCCGUGGGACACGCCACCUUCUCCCACCUGCACAUGACCUCCUCUCACCAUCUCCCUCACCACCACACGUCGCAACAGCAGCAGCAGCACCACCCUGGCACGCCCCUGCAAGCACCCCCCCUCCCCCACCACCACCUGCCUGUGCCCCCUGUCUCUCCUCCCCCCGCCCUCUUCAAGAGCGAGCCCCUCACCCACUGUGGGCAGGAGGACAGCAGCUACCUGCGUUACAUGGCACCGCAGGACAAGGGGCCUGGGGCCCCCCAGCAUCACUGAACCCUAUGUGGGCCCUGGGCUCUAGGCCUGCCUGCCACACCUCGAUUACCCCCACCCCAACUCUCCCUGGCCCCUGGUGUAGAACGGCCCCUCGAAUACUGAUAUGAACAUGACACUCACAGCUCAGUACACACCAGUGUGUGUGGGAGAGCGUGAGGGAUACAGACAGGUACACUUUCAGUCUACACUUUAGAUAAGUGAGUGACCCACUUAGCUAAAGACCCAAGUCAACUGACACAGAUUUUUACAACCUCUUUGCUCAUAUCUUUUCUUGUGAAAAUAUUCUUCGAAAAUCCUGUGUUCUUAGACAACCUGCCUCCCAUGGUAGAAGGCUAUGUGUGUGUACCGGUAUGUGAGUUAUCCCUUGUUUGUGUCCAUUUUAUCCUCUCCACUGACAGCUGCUAAUGUCAUUAUUCUACUAGUGGUUCCUUAUCCAGGUAGCGGGUCAGAACAGAUCCAUUUCAUCAUCUUAGUCCUUCGCGUCGACUGACUUUAACAACGGUUGCACAAUUCGGGGGAGUUGUAAGUCCUGGUCCUAAGGCUGACCCGUAGGAUCAUGGGGUCACCAAGGUCUUGUUGAAUGUUUACCAUCCUGGUGCCAACUGGGUCUCCCACUGUCUCUCCCUAAGGAGUUCCACACUGGCUCUACCAGCAGUAGGCCAGGAAUCACUGCCAUAGGUCACAGUGGGGAGGUUAGAAAACGCCUGUUAGUGCUACUACUAGUCUGUUGCAACAGAGAUUCUGGUUAAUUGGUGCUUUCAUUGCAGUACUAGACAUAUUUCUUAUACACAGGCUAGAUCUCGUAACAUCUGGAGUGUAAUGUAACAGUGUGUGGGAUUGGUUGUGUUGUUGUUAUGCAGUUCUGGGAUUUGUCUUCUUGACUGACAUAUACAGUCUUAGAGCUGACAAGGUCAGAUGUUCCCAACAGAACAAACGUGAUGAACCUGAACGUGCUGUCAUGUGUAUACACACACACACACUUCAAAAAGCAGUACGUCAUCACUGGUCUCACUUCACACAAAAUGCUUGUCAAGAGAUUAUUUUAUUUUUUUGUCUUCUGUAAUCAAAACAGUUCAAAUACCGCCACUGUGACGGGUUAUCACAUACGACCCAACCUGGACCUCGCAUGUCUCUUCUGUCUCUCUCUUUCUCUGUCUCUCGCUACUCUGUCUCUUCCCCCACUGCUGCUGCUGAGAUAAUACGGGUCACCCUGUAAAAGGUCAUUAAAACACAAGGUUCUGACCUUUUCAGCACAACUCUUAACUGAAAAAUCUGUCCUUUUUUUUCUCCCCAACCAGCCUAUCUUCCACAGCUUGGUGUGGAGCAGGAUACGUUUUGUUGUUGUAAUGUAACGGUUUGGUCUCCUUAGUGUUACAUAUACUGUAUAAGGUUACGCAACCAUUGAGGCCCAUCUCACACGUUGGCAAAUAAUGAUGAAUCAAAACAUGCUGAAUGUUGCCUAGAUGUAGUGAUACGGGCUAACGGUUGAGCAAUCAAAUGGGUUCUUUUCUAGUGAUAUUUUCUGGAAAUAUGCUACAUUCAGUUUCAGACUGAAGAAUUGUUCUCAUCUCGCUCGGAUCAUCCUGUUGAGUGAUCGGUUGGAGGAUUAUGUCUAAACAUGCGUUUCAAUUUCUGGUGUUCGAUACAUUUACUCAAGUUGUACAUUUACUCAAAGAAAACACGUUUGCAUAUGUAACCUUUUAAUUGUGUGAAUGUCCCCACUGUCCCAUUGUAUGAUGUUCUGACAGUCCGGUUGUUGUUCGUAUUGAUGAAUGACCGAGAGAGAUUCUGUCUUGUCAGAUUGUUGGUAGUGGGUUGUAGGAUGUUGUCCACCCCCCCCCCCCCCCCCCCCCCUCUUCUCAGAUAAGACUGAGUGUUGAGGAGCAACGUUAAGGCGUGUGUUUGUCUCAGUAAUGGCAAACUGGAACCUCUCUGGUGCUGUUGUAACAAAAGCUACCUUUACACAGUCUGGCCCAGGCCAUAUCCUUUCUGUCGUUCAACUCUCUGGGUCUCUCCCUCUGCACUCCCUGCUAAAGCCGUGCCAUCUGUUUGAAGGGGGUUCUGAGGUUGAUUUUCUACACACACACACACACACAAGAAUAUGUCUGACAUGUUUCUGUGGAUUAACACAUAAUGGGUAUAGCAUAGUGGUGGUUCAGGCUGAGUAGUGGAUCAGGUUACUGUUUGUAUAUUGGGAGAAACUGAAGAGGAACAGUAGCAUCCAUUAGCAAGUCCCUGUACCACCUUGAGUUGUGGGUAUUUGGCCCAUUGGAUUUGGUUUAACAGAUGCCCACCCUCUAGAGAGCUACAACCAUUCUGCCAUUACUGUGGGUCUGUUAGUUGGGCCUCAGUAUCAGCUUAACCAUGAGUUACUUGCUGUUUUUCAUGGCGUUUCAGUAUGAGCCUUUUUUUCUUCUUUUUUUAACGUUCGUUUUUAAAAAGCUUUUCUAUUUGUGUGUAUCCUCUGCACUUUACUGCUGCGUGAGUCGCAGUGAAGGGAGGGACUGACAAUGCAUUGUGUGAGUGAAGUGAUGUGUUGGUUCAUGGAGGAGGGAGGCGGUUGGUUUGGUGAGUGGCUGUUUGAGUAAGGAAAAGGAGGAGAAUCAAUCUGGAGGUGGAUAGCGUGGAAGGGACCAAUGGCAUAAGGAAAUGUUUUGUUUAGUUCAUAUAUUUGUUUUGUUUUUAUUCCUGUAAGUCAAUAGACUGGCUCUAAUAUGGACUCCCAAAGAGUGAUCGAGUAGUGUUGUUCCUCCUGCUUUGGCGAUUUUUACACUAGCCCCUCCCUGCUUCAUCUGAUCUGAAAUACAUUGAGGUGUUUGUCUGCCUCAUAUCCAGAGGUUCCUCUUUGUUGUGUAACAUUUUCUCUUCCGAUUUACUGUAUGAUUCUCCUCCUUUCAUAUUUGUUAUAUAGAAUGCACUUUUGACUAAAAUCCUGGCUAGUUAAGAAAAAUAACAAUGUAUAUUCUUUAAAGAUGUAAAAAAAAAAAUCUAUAUACUUUUUCCCCUCAAGUAUUUUUAACCACUUAAUGUAGCAUUGCAUAUUUUAUUAUUGUGAGUAUCUGGUACAAAAUUGUGCAGCUUUAUACUGUCCUGGGUUGUUUUUUUGGUGGGGGUGGGGGGGUUGUUUUGUAUGUUUGUUUUUGGAGAUUGAGGAGAAGUUGUAAUGUUGGGCCUUUUUUUAAUAAUGUACAUUUAACAGACUCUGCUAACUUUCAGAAGUAAAAAACGAGUAGCCAUAAUUAUCACA